UUCCUUACCGACGAGAUAUUUCGCAAUCAAACAGACCGAAUCCCGAAAACUAUAUAUAUUUCUUUUUCUCAUCUCCAUUUUUUGCCCUAAAUUCACACCUCCUCUGUACAGCCUCCACCUAGACGAACACAUGCUAUUCGCUUCAAAACUCCUCACUUUCCUUCACUUUCCUUUACUUUCUCGUUCUAGUUCCUCGAUUUCUCCGACAGCGAGCCAAAGCGGCACAGUUCUGCUUGUUCUUGACCCUGUCCUUCCAGAUCGCGAGUUAUGCGCCUUUGGUUGUUAUCAACUUGUCAGAUGUGAGGCCUGAGUCUUGGUUAUGGAUGCCGUGGAGUUGAAUUAUCUCUUUGACGUGGCGGCGCCUAAGCUCAUGGGAUCGGACGGGUUUAGUAGAGAUAGGGUUACGUUGAUGGAGGUGGAAGCCGCGGCUUGCGAGUCGAGCCGUGAGUUGUGCACCUCUUUGCUUAGCCAAAAAGAAAGAACAAGUUCAGCUAAUUUUUUGGAGUCAACGCCUGAACUGUGUCAGCAUGCAAGGCAGCUGUCCUGUUUUCCUAGUGAAAUCAUGUCUAAGCAGCACCAUUGUAGUGGUGCCAAUGGCCUUUCAAGGGUUCCGAGGCUUGAAAAAACACAUGUACAGAAAAAAUCAGGACAAAUAUCAAGAAAUGGUAGUGGAUGUCAUAAAAGACUGCAACUAAAUCUGUUGGAACAUACUAAAGGUCCAGCUGCAGUAGAUGACAUGAAGGAUCCAGCUGAUAAGCUAGGAUCACUUCCGACAAAAAAUGACACUCAAGAGAAAGCUCAUUUAUCAAGACAAAAGAACAACUUCAAUGGAAAACGUGGUGAUAGGAGAAAUUUCAAAGUUUCCACAAAGGCUAAAUAUGAUUCCUUCUCUGUGAAGGCAAGUUUAGCAAGCUUCAGUUUAGCUGCUGCAGGGAACAACUUCUUUGGAGUGCAUGGUCUGAAGACAGAUAUUCAUGACAUCACAAAACUUGUAGAUGAUUUGUCAUUGAACGAUCUCCUUCAAGGCACUUAUGAGUGUCCUAGCUUAGCCAAAGAUGGGGGAAAGAAAGCAGCAAACACAACUGAACAUAUUCUCCAUUCAGUUAGAAAGGCUUGCUCUAUUCUUCAGCUAUAUAGCUCUGCGCAAAUCCAAAGUUUUGCUGAGAUAGAUAGCUGUUCCAAUGAGAAAAUGCCCACAUGCCAAUCGAGCUCUAUUUCUUUCGUGGGUAAUGGAGGUAAUGGUGAUUCAACUACAGAUCUAUCUCUAUCAAACAAGUUACAGGAUUCUAGCAGCAACUCUGAUACUCCUGCUAAUUUGCUCAGUUUUUCAUUUUAUCAACCUAAAGAUAUGUUAGAACGCCUAAAACUGCCUCUUCCCAAGGAUUUGGAGUCUUUGCUUCUGGAUGCGGCCAAGGCUUCUGUCUCCUCAAGAAAUACUUCUGAUUCACGUCCAGGCAAACAAAUAUCUCGCUGGCCUAGCUUGCCACCUUUUCCUUGGUCACACACUUUUAGUGGGCAUUGUAGAACAAAUUCUGAUGCAGUUAAGCUUUUAACAAGUAGGAGUACAUGCCAAGGUAGAUGGGUGAAAAUGACGUACACUUUUAGUUCACUUAGGAUUUCCUCUAAUUGUUACGCAAAUUUGGAGUGCUUCACUUAUGAUGAGACCCUAGUUCCAUCAAGUGGAAGAAAGCUGGCUGUCCUAGAUAGUAAUUUUGGUUCAUCUACAUCAGUUGCUCAGUGUGAGUGGGGUUCAUCAAAAGCAGCAGCCUCCAUGGUGUGCCACACUCCUCUAGGCAAUACUUGCUUGAAGGAAUCUGGAGUUGACCUCAAGAAUCAAGGAAAAGUUGAGCAUUGUCCAAGAGUACUGGCAGCUGCUCAAACCUUGUAUGGGAUUGCCACAUGCAGCUCAAGGCUAAACCAAGAUGGAAGGAUGAAGUGGCCAAAGAAGCCUUCACAAAAGGUGAUGAAAGCUCGCAAAUCUAGAUCGAACGAUAAACAUGAAAUAAAGUUUGCACAAUCUGCUUCCCAAAGAAAUGUUGACCAAAGAGUGACAACCUCAAAGAGGCCUAAAAUGUCAACAAGUGAGGACAAGGAGGAUUUUGCUCAUAUCAAUGGUGUGCAAAAGGGCCCAAUAAAUUGGUCUACGCCAAAAUCAAGUAGAUCAUCACCCAACAAAUCAGAUAGGGAUUCCACUGCCUACGUUGUAAAGCAUUCAUGUAUGAUGCCACCGCCAGCAAAAGUUAUUAAUAGAACUUGCAACAGCCAACAAAAGGUGCGUAGAUUAAUGCGAAUGGAUUGGAGCAGGGAGGAGUGAUGAAAUGCCAUUCCUACCUGUGAUAGUUGAUGCUGGUGCCCGACCUGCCAAACUGGGUUGCUGUAUAUAGUGGGGUUGUUGUAGGAACCUGUUGUAACCGCUGGAGGGGUGAACAGGGAUGUUGUAACAUUAAGGAGACUCGUAGUUCAUAGCAGGAAAAUUCUUUGCCUUGUGUAGAGCAUUUACGAGGCAAUAGCAAUUUCAGUUUUUUCAUUCAUAGAUGUCUAAAUGAACCUAUAGGUACAAUCCGUUUUCCAAGCUUGAAUAAUUUGCUCUUCUUGUCGUGCA